GGUGCAGGUGUAGUGUAAACAGCAAAGUCAGCAACAGUGAGCAGUGGGAGUGCGCGUGGGCGGUUAGUGCGCCAGUGCAUUGGUGUCAAGUGUGAGCUGUGACCUGGUCGAGCACCGGUGAUGGCGUGGCCCAGGUGCCCCGGCUAUUAUGGUUGAGAAUGUCCGCGGCCAGUGCGGGCGUGCGGCAGUGACCAGGGUGGCCAGCAGUCGAGUGGAGUUGCGUGCUUGCCGUGUGCUUGCCUGUCGAGGCGUACAUGUGGUGGGCGUGAAUCCUUGCGCCGCGCCCGCGCCUUGUCCCGCCCAUUAUGGACUCUGUGUCCCUGUGGUUGUGACUCUCACCGACGCAACCAAUGGACUGGGAACUGUUCAGCCAGACGAGGAAGCAAUCUUGAAAAUAGUGGAAGCGAACCGUAAGAAAGUUGCAGCGAAGAGAGCAGCAAAGGCAGCAAACCAGGAAGACAGAACUGUGCCAGAGUUGGUGGACGUCCCGUCAACCUCACCGCCGGCCACUGUUGUCGCCGCCCAACCUAAGUUAGAGAGCCAGCCCUCGGGGGUUGAUGUAGAAGGCAUCGUGGAGGCCGUGGAGCGGUGGGUUCGCGGGCCGGGAGAGGAGGAGCAGGUCGAGAGUGCCCAACAAAAGGAGGCUCGUCAGUACAAGGAGUUGGUGGGCACACUGGCCGAGCUGGCUGCAGAGAAGCGGGCAGGGCGCGUGGCCCCUGGCCCGGAGCCGCCCACAGGCACGCCACGUCACCAUGAGACAGUCCAACUGUUUUCUGAGCUUAUGCAGACCGACGAUGUCUCAACCAUAGCGGCUCACAUCGCUAACAAAGCUGAACUGAUUUAUCAAACUUGGAAAAGGACUGGACUUAACCCCACCGAGCUUAUUCAAUACCACACACCUCUACCCAGGGGAGAGCAGGCAUCCGACGGGGAAACCAGCCCCAGUGGGCCACCUUCUGCAACAGCCAAGCCUCGCACGCCCGUGAGGAACAUCAGCCCUGCCCCUCCCGGCUCCUCACCUGCUGUAUCUAGGAAGUUCAUUGAACCAGCGUUGCACAACGGGCGGCCACACGCCACUUCGCCAGUACGCACCCUCAACGCCUCUCCUCGUCCUUACAUCCCGCCGGGCACGUCACCACAUUCACCUAGCGCACAGCCACAGUCCCCCCCUGUCUUUCCCAGCAGCAACGGUGGCUCAUCUCCACAUCAAUCUCCACGCCUGCUGUACUCCUCCCCUGCCUCCCCCUCCCUCUCUCAGACGCAAGGCAACUCUCGGCCGUACGUGACAUCAGCCUCACCCCAGUCCCCUCGUGGUUCUCUCACUCAACCACCUCCGCCCCCUGAGCGGUCGUCCUCAUACCCAGGAGUUGACUCGACACAGCAGCAGCAGGAAGGUCCUUACGAUAUCUUUGUGGACUCUAAUCUUGAGACCUCCCUCCAGGAGCUAGUCAAGUCUUUUGUGUUAGAAGACAAGGCGCGUCAUCACGCCGCUGCCGUCGCCGCCCUGGCGUCACAACGCCCCAAAGGUGCAACUUCAUCCAUUCAGGAGGCACUGCAGAAGUUUGAGAGACAGAUGGUUAUCACCUCUCGCUCUGUAGCUCACUCACAGGAGCAGCCUGGUAGUCCUCCGCCCCCGUUAGGCACCAUGGGUCGCUUUGCCCAAAUGCAGAUGCAACAACAACAACAGCAACAGCAGCAGCUUAGCCCCAGCAUAGGAGGCAACAGCAUGAGUAUGAGCAGCAAUACCUCUAGCAGCAGUGUCACCAUCAGUACCAGUGGGCGGCGCUACGGUGGCACGCGGAGCGACUCUGCUAUGUCGACAGAGUGGUCACGAAUGCAGGCAGAACACGACAGCCGAAGUCGUCGGUCAGCUUCCCCGAACCCGCCGGUGUCUCAGCCUGGAUGGAACGAGACAAGUCCACCCAACACCUCCACUUGGCCCUUAAAAAACAAGCAGCCGAUGGUUGUGGAGAGAAAGUCUUCCAAGCACAGCGCCUCGGCCUCUGGCAUGUCGUCCUCGGCAUCGUCAUCCUCGUUCUCCUCCUCUAGCAGCAGCAUGAGCAGCAGCAACGUUUCCACGUCCACUAAUUACAUCACGACGCUAGAGGCGCGUGUGGAGAGCUCUGGCCAGAAGUCUCUGGGCGUGCCGCUGCGACACAAGGUUGUGGCGAUGUCUGCUGUGGACCAGGAGGAAGAGCGCCUCAUGCAUGCCCUCCGCACCGGCACUCUCAUCGACGACGGGGAACAUCUCCGGCCGCUCAGUCAGUCCAGGCCCAUCCCGACACCCUCCCUGGUCAGCCCCCCUCACACGUCACCCGUCAACAGUACCAUCAUCACCGGCUCUCCCCCCAGCUCUGACGCUGCCCCGCUCUCUCCUAACUCCAGGAAGGCCAAGUACUCCAUCAGCGUCACCGUGGACGUGGACAAACCCAUCGAGGUGAUCCAUCAGGGAACUCACCAGCAGCAUCACAUUCAAAACCCGCAUCAAAUUCAACACCAUAUUCAUCACCAACAACAACAACAACUACAGCAUCAGCUGCAGCAACAACUACAGUUACAGCAGCAACAGCAGCAGCAUCUGCAACAACAACAACAGCUUCAGCAUCACCAACAAAUCACAAAGUUGGGGAGCUCCAGGUCCAUCAAGCUUGGCAAAGAAACAGAAAUGUCGAUGGUGGACUCUGCGAAACUUCGCUACCAGGAGUCCUUGCAACACCCGCACUCCUUGCAGCGACUCGACGACCAUCGCAGCAUGUCGACGAAGCAGAUAGUGAAUGGGGACGGUCACGUCAUGAAGCAGAGAACUCGCUUUGAGAACGGUAACACCACCCUUCCUGACAGCAUCUCGCGCGGCGCCCUAGGUAUUCAGGCUGACGAAGUGGGCUCAACACUGCCGGAAUUCUACCGCCGGAAGCUGCGAAAGAUGAGGAAAGCUGGUUCCCCCGAACCGUCCGUUGUAGGCAGCAUCUCGGCGCUGCCUCACCCCGAAUUGACCGACCAGCAGAAGGCACACAUCAGAGAACGGUCCCAGUCCCCCACCGCCGGAUACAACAGUGCCGGGGUGGCCAUCAGGCCCUUCCUUACUCAGGGCAGCGUGGCUGAGAGGGUGCUAAUUUUUGAGCGAGCUCCAGCAGAGAUGAAGCCCAAACCUGGGGCCCCACCCACUGCCGCCCCCGCCCCUGAGAAGCGACGUCUCGCCCUUUCCACAUGGCGGGAGCCCAACGAGGUGCGCUCCAUGGCCCAGUUUUGGAACAUCCUGAGCUUUUUGGGAGAGAUAGACGAAUUCCCGGACGGCCUGCAAGCCAUCUCGUCACCCACCUCCCCGCCCUCGCCCGCCCGCCAGACAGAGCCGCCCGUCACAGCAGAACAGGAAACCAAGCCUCUGGUAAGCGAGAGUCGGCACUUCCGCCCGCCACCUGAUUCAACUUACGUACGAGAGGGCAGUGCAGCGCAGAAAGAGAAUGCUCGUCCUCUACCUUCCUCUGGAAGCACCUCACCUGUGUCCCCUCUAUCCCAAACCACUACCAUCUCCCCACUGGCUCCCACUAGCCCUACCCCAACUACUCCACCCCUCACCACAGCCCUCCAGCAGAAUGCCCAUCCUGCUUCCCCUGCCUCCCCAGUGGGUCCCCCUGGGUCUACAACCUCCCCCUUGCACCCUGCAAGGGUCCCCAACACCUUACGCCGUCACAACAAGUCCACCAAGAACCUCCUUAUACCCAGAUUCUACUACCCAAUGGGUCGGCCAUCCACCCCUGCGAAUCAGGAGCAGGCACUGUCCCGGGUGUCAGCAGUGUUCCGGGAGCAGAAUGGCCAGGUGAUGCGGGACAACAUGGACCCACUCAUGCGUGCCUGUGGCCUUCCACUUUACUGGAAGGCCCCGCUGUUUAUCGCCGCUGGCGGGGAUAAGCUUGGCUACCUCACACAGGAACAAUUUUCAGAUUACUGGAGCAGAGUAAUCUCAACCUGCCAUGACACGGCCUCCCGAUUCGUGCGUGUGCUGACCCGUGGUAUGCGGAACUACCUCCUGCCUGAAGACUUCCUCAGCAUGAUCCAGGACGUUGUGGACACACACCCAGGGCUCACCUUUCUCAAGGAGGCUACUGAGUUCCACUCCAGAUAUGUGCACACAGUCAUAGCAAGAAUAUAUUAUUGUGUAAAUAGAUCUUGGUCAGGGAGAAUAACACUACCAGAACUUAGAAGAUCCAACUUAUUACAGGUAAUUAGUAUCUUAGAGGAAGAAGAGGAUAUUAACCAAAUCACAGAUUACUUCAGUUAUGAACACUUUUAUGUCAUUUACUGCAAGUUUUGGGAGCUGGAUACUGACCAUGACUUGUUCAUAGACAAGCAUGAUCUGGCCAAGCACAAUGAGCGGGCUCUCUCUUGGCGCAUGAUUGAACGGAUAUUCAGUGGAGCAGUGACAAGGGGACGCCUUCAGAAGCAAGACCGCAUGGGCUACCAAGAAUUUGUGUGGUUCCUCAUUUCUGAAGAAGACAAACGCCACCCAACAGCCAUAGAAUAUUGGUUCAGGUGCAUGGACCUUGAUGGGGAUGGCUACCUGUCCAUGUAUGAACUAGAGUACUUCUAUGAAGAGCAGCUGCAACGCAUGGAGGCUUUGGGAAUAGAGACCCUACCUUUCCAUGAUUGCCUUUGUCAGAUGCUGGAUAUGGUUCGACCAGAGGAGAACGACAAGAUAUCACUCAGGGACUUGAAGAAAUGUCGAAUGACUCCUAUUUUCUUUGAUACUUUCUUCAACUUGGAGAAAUAUCUUGACCACGAACAGCGAGAUCCCUUCGCAUCCCAUAGGGCAGAGGAAGAUGGCUCUGAGCAGGUAUCAGAUUGGAAUCGGUAUGCUGCUGAGGAAUAUGAGCUGCUGGUGGCUGAGGAGGGCGGUGCUGAACACCAGGAUGAUAUGUUUUAUGGAGAAGAGGAUGAGUUAUCAAUGGGGUGUGAAGAUGCCCUGGACUCCACUCCAGGUGGUGGCCGAGGCAGCCUGGGAGGUGUAGGUAGUGGUGGUGCUCUCAACAAGCACUCGCCACUUUCAGCUACUGUCACCAAUCUGGCUGCCGACCCCAUGGAUGUGGAUGAUGACUACCCAGAUUAUGCUGACUCGGAUGACUACCAGUACUGAGAUCCCUCAGAUGUUAAUAUGUAACUCAGUGUUAUGAAUUGAGAAUUGUUGUUUCAAAUGUUCAAAGGUGUACCAAGAGUAUUUUUCCUAAUACUAAAUAAUGUUGUUGUACCCUGAACACUGUUGCUUAGUCAUUUUAAUGAAGAAUUUAAGGCAAAGCUUUAAAGCACGUUCUUAAUAUGAUAUGCAUGCAACAGUGAAUUACUCACAAAAACAAGAGGGAUUUUGUAUCUUAGGGAGAGAGCAUCAGUAACUAGUCUUCAGAUUCAUAAAUCUGUGAUAAUAUUGGCACUUUCUGUGUAUGACUAAGAUCUUAUAAUAUAUGCAGGAAUUGCAUAUUAAUAACAAAUUAAAUUUUAUCUUAAUACUCUACUGCACAUUUUAAAUUAAGUACUUGUAUAUCAGGUGUUGAUGCUACUGAAUUUUAUUUGAAAUAUUAUGACUUAAAAAAUACAGGUAAAAGGUUAGUUGCUAACAGAAGUAUCUACUCCCAUUUUAUGAGUAUCAUGUCAACUACAUGAAAAUAAAAAAAAAAAAGAAAGAAAGAAAGAAAUUUUAAAAAAUCAGUUCUUAUUCAUGUGGUUAUCAUAUUUUUCUACCAAGACAUGUUAUUCUGAAAAGAAACCCUCUAAGAGCACUGUUCUUCCUGCCCUCCCAAGAAGCUGCUUAGGCAUACAAUGUGGUGCUCAGCUCCAGAUGAUACUGUUGAACAAGUAGCACUAUAAAUAGACUUCUUUUUCUCUCUCUGUUCAGCACCUGAAUGUCAGAAACCUUGAACCAAAGACUUGCUGAAUAGUGAACUAAUAAAUGGAACAGCCAUUAUUUAUUGCUGAAUGCAUGAAUAAACUGUUGUUUUGCGCUAUUUUACAAGGUUCUGUAUGUACGUAGUUGUGUUUUUAACCUUGAAAUGAGACAAUAGCAAUACAAUGAAAUGUGUAUAUGUGCAAAAGUUGACAUCAGCAAAUAUGAAGUAUUGAGAUAUGCCUACCAAGUACUCUUUGGCAGGAUAUGAUACUUAUCCCCAGAUCUGUGAUGUACCAUCAGUAGUGCAGUGUUAAUGCCAAUGUCAAUGUAAUGUAAAUCCAGCAAGUUCCCAGUGCUUGUGUAUAAAACUUUUAUAGGGAAUGUGAAUAUGGAAAUAUUUGUAUGAACUUCAUUAAAUGAGGAAAAUUCAGUGCUUUAAUUAAACUGCCUUAUGGAAGUGAUUUCCAUAGACAUGUAAUGAGGUAUCCUUCCUGAUGUCACUUACCUCAUAAUUUUUGUCUUCCUUACCUGCAUAAUUCAAAUCCCUCCAUGAAGUGCCUCCCUUUUUCCCUGAUGAACCUAAAGUGAAUUCUGAUUGUGUGUGGCUGUGGUGUUAUUGGCUGCAUCUUGCUUCCCCCCAUUACCUCAUCAAUUUGAUGCCAAGAAUAUUACAAUAUUUUUUUCUUUUUAUAUACUUAUUAAAAUUUUACCUUUUAUGCCCUGUGAAAACAUUGCUUUAGUUCUCUCUCUCUCUCUCUCUCUCUCUCUCUCUCUCUCUCUCUCUCUCUCUCUCUCUCUCUCUCUCUCUCUCUCUCUCUCUAGGCUACAAGUUAAUUUCCUUAGUGAGCAACAAUUUUCUGCUUUUGUAUUUUCAAGUAAUGCAAUCAAUUUCCUACUGAGAUACACUUCCCCAUCAUACCUGAUGCAGAUGCCGAUUCACCUGGGCCAGUUGAGUGGAUGCACUGACCCACCCUGUGUAUGUGGAGUUGACAGCUCUGGUAGUUGGAUUAUGGCCUAAAAUAAUUUGUGCUGCAAAUAUGUUUUUUUCUGCCCGGUGCAGAAGAAACCAUUGUUAAGAUGUUUCACUUAAGAUUUUCCUACAAUUAUAUAAAAUAUGAAUAUAUAAAUAAUUCAUCAUGGAUACAUUUUUUCUGUGACGCUUUUUAUAGUUUUGUUUUGACAACAGAAGAUAGGGAUGAAACCUAUCCAUCUCUUUAAGUUAUGUAAUGAUUGAUGCUUAUUAUAUUGUUCUGUAUAUUGCUUCAUAUCUGAUUCAAAUCUUUUAAAAUGUUACAUACAUAUAAUGAGUGUCUUCUGAUAGCAAUAUUUGAAAAGAAUGACUGGUCUGAUGUUACAUUUUUGUGUGGAUGAAUACUGUUAUAUACUCCAAAUAUUAUUUGUUCAGUGUACACUGAUAACCAUGUAGAACAUGCAAACAUCCCAAAUUUCUAUAAAUGUAUCUAGUGUAUCCAACUCAAUGAAAACAUAUUCCUUCAACUUUGUUAGAUGUAUUAUGAUAUAUUGUUGCAAUAUUUUAAUUAAUAUGCAGCUUUUUCCUUUAAAGAUAUUUACAUAUUAAAAAUCUAGUUAUGAAAUAUUUAGGUAAUUAGAAAAUUGCAGUAUUAUGCAUCUGUAGGAGGUUUAAUUCACCUUUAGUAAGAUUCAUGUGCCUGUCAUCCCAAUUCCAUCAAGCAGAAGCCCAGUGUAUAUCCCUAUGACAAUAAUGUUCAGACUUAGAAUACAUACCCAGUUGUGUAUAUAGUUUUUUUUUUUUUUUUUUUUUUUUCCACGUCACAGAAUCCAGCAUGUUAGUGUAGUACUCCCUAUGAUAGUGUUGACCAGCAUUACCAGCUGUUACACUCCAGACUAGUCAGGACAUCAAGCUAUCAUCUCCUUGAUAUGCCGCAUUUCCCUCAGCCAAUCCCAGUGUCACGUCAUCAGCGAAGGAAUUCGUUCUCCACAGUUACUAUGACCCCAGUGUUUUGUGAAAUGAGAAACUGUAAGUGGUGUCGGUAUCACUUUGUUCGUUCGUAUGUUUAUUGUAUUUGUAAUAUGUUGUAUAAAGGAGUUAACAUUCAUUUUGGAUAAUA